GUUCGGCCUGCAGUGCGCAUGCGUUAACCGACUGACGUUAUCCGUUGCUAUGGUAACGCGAUUUGUAAUCAAAUAAAGUAUACACGGGAUACAACAGACUAUAAACUAUUAGUUGGUGGUUGUGUGUUUUCUUCUUUUUGGCUUUUAAAAAUUAUGACGUGAGGUGCGCGUGCGCAGUGACGUCACAGGAUGGCUGAGUGGGGCUGGUUGUGUGUGUUCGUUCUGCUGGGAGCAGUUUCUGCUCAGGGACCCGAGAAACGCAGGACGGGCAAUGUAUGUAACGUGGACAUCGAAUGUCCUGACAAUGCAUUCUGCAGACAGAGCAGCUAUUGCGUCUGUAAAGACGGUUUCGUGUACGCGGCUGUCAACAGUACACAUAAAGGCUGCCUAAAAGAGGCACGUAAUGGCGAGGAAUGCGUUCAACAUAUCCAGUGUCACUCAACAAUGGGCGUGCACUCCGAGUGCGCGAAUGGUGCGUGUGCCUGCGCACCCACCGCGCACUUAGAAACCGACCGCUGUUACGAAACUGCUGUAAUCGGAGAACGAUGCGUGGUCGAUCAGAACUGCUACCUUGGGGCUCCUGUUACUGAGCGGCAAGCGUUCUGCGUGCGAGGCUUCUGCACCUGCCAGCUUCAGUUCAGUCCUAGAGAUAACGGAACACGGUGCGUCCGGGACGCAGCUCUCGGCGAGGAGUGCGAAGACGAGCUGCAGUGCGCGGGCGCGGGGCUCGAGUGUCGCGGGACCUGUCGCUGCCGGGACAGCUGGGUCGCCUACAAGGACAUCAACGCUUGUUUCGAGUCUGCAAAGGCCCUCGAUGACCCCUGCCAGUACGACGUCCAAUGUGACGCUUUAGCCGGAGUGGCUGAGGCCCCUUCUCCAGGGGCAGCCCUGUGUCUGGGCGGGACUUGCGCGUGCGCAUACGACGCUCGAGCCGCUGGAAAUCCUCCGCGUUGUUGGCGACGAAAACGCCCCGGACAGGAGUGCGACCGGGAUGAGGAAUGCGUAUCAGAGGAAGACGAGCCAGGAUAUUGUCUGUCCGGACGCUGCACUUGUAAGACUUGCUCGCCCGACGCCAAGGAUUUCGGUGGAGCGAGCGCCAUUUCCCCGCCCGCGACAGUUGCCGCCAUUUUGUGCGCUAUCGCCAUCUUCGCUCGUUAACGGCCAUUUUGUUGUGUUCUGAUUCUCGCCAUCUUGUUUAUUUUGACAAUUUCUGGUAAGUUUAAUUGUGAACUUCAGAAUUGUAACGAUGAAAUUGUAGACGUCAUUGUUGAAGUUUACACAAUUUCCAAACUGACAGUCUCGAAAAAGAUGGCGUAACCUGUCAACGAAGGCAAUUCCAGUGUUAAGGUCGAAAUACGUAGCAACAAUUAAGAAUACUUAUUUUCAACAUGUAAAGUUCCUUUUGAAUUCUAUUUUUUAUAAAUGAAUACAUUCUAACCUACUUAAAAUUACUUUUAUGGCAAAAAUAAUUUAAAAAAAAAAAAAUUAUAUUCUAUAACUUCCAGCCAUUGUUAAUAUUUAAAGAGAUGUUUUAAUAAGCACAAUCGUUAAUAUAUCCCAUUAAAUUUCGAGGCUUUUUGAUGAGAACUAUUGUAAUAAAACAAUUUUAAUUAAGUAAAAUACUUAUACUUAUAAAUAGUAUUUACACGCAAAAAAAUCAAUCAAAACUGAAAAUUAAAAUAUAUUUUUAAAAUGAACGCAUAUUAAAAUAUAUAAAACAGAAUACCUUUUAUAAAUUCAUCCGUUUCUUGUAAUGGGAUAUAGUUAAAAAUUUUAUGAUAAGUUGUAAAUAAUAUUAUCGCCGUUGUUGUUUGUUGUUGAAUUGUAUAUUUUAAUUAAGAGUAGAUUUAUAUAAUGUUUUUUCCACUGAUAUUGAUGCAGUAUUUUCUGAGUGCAAUUUUUCGAUAUUAAAGACAUGAAUGGGUAGGUUAUACCAAAGAAAUGUACACUAAUCGAAUAUGUGUAAAUAAAGAAUAUUUAUUUCAA